AUGCGAGGCAAGCUCGGGGGAUUUUACCAGCUGCUUGUGGUGGCGUGGCCCUUGUUGGAGAUCCUUGCUGCGCUGGAUGUGAAGGACAUCCAGGUGUGCUCCUUGCUCAGACAUUCUUCGGACGCCACUGAUGCAUGUCAUUCAGACAGCAAGAUGCUGCAAAGGAGGUCAAGUUCUAUUCGCGUUGCAGGAUUGCAAGACCAACGCGUGGAAGCCAUUGUGGUUUUUGGACGCGAGGACCGGGUUCGAAUCUUGGAUACGUAUUUGCAGAGGAAUCUGCGCAAGAAUGGAGGAGUCAUCGACAAGGUGCAUUUCGUUGUAUUUGCAGCCAUGAGGGACGAUUUGGAAUACUUGCAGCAGUUGAUCGAGCAAAACGCUCCGUGGUAUACGUAUCCAGUGGUCACCGGCAGGCGCUUGGCAAAAAUCUAUUCCGUAUGCAACGAUCCGGAUACCGUCUACUUGAAGAUUGACGAUGACAUGGUCUACAUCUCAGAUCAGGCCAUUGCAGAAAUGGUGCGGGAGCGACUUCGCAAUCGUUGCGGACUGGUGUCAGCCAACGUCAUCAAUCAUGCAAUCCUGUCGGCGGUCCACCAGGACAUCGGCGCCCUCCGCCACUUCUUCCCCACUGACCAGGACACUGGAUCCAUGCAACCUUGGAUUCGAAACGAUGAUGCUCUUCCCAUCAUGGCUAUUGAGAAGAAGUCGCAAAGUCAAUGCGUUUGGUCCACCUGGCAGUGUGCGGCAUGGAUGCACGAAAGUUUCCUGUCACGAGUGGCAGAUGGCACUGAAUGUGCGUACGACUUUGGGUGGCACGACUUUCAUGCCAGUGGCCAUGGGCAUUUCGAUGGGUCCCGCUUUCUGCCGCUGCCACACACCAGAUGGAGCAUCAACAUGGUUGCGUUCAAGGCUGAGGACGUCGUGGAUGCGGUGCCGGAAGACUUGGCGGAGGACGACGAGAAAGAGCUCUCGGUUGUUCAUCCUGCAAGGCUGGAGAAGCGCUCCUGUGCUGUGGGAGCGGCGCUUGCAGCACAUUUUUCGUACUCUCGCCAAGAAGAUGGGCUUCUUGAGAACACGCGCUUGUUGGCAAGGUAUCAGAAGCUUGCAGAACAAGUUGAGCUGAAAGCUUGA